AUGAUCACUAGAGACAAGAAAUAUGUGCUAAAUUCUGAUGAAAUCCGCUUGGCUGAUUUCCCCGGUUGCCCUAAUGCAUUCGAAAUAUGUGCUAAAUUCUGUUAUGGCGUGACAGUGACUCUCAACCCCUACAACGUUGUUGCUGCACGCUGUGCAGCAGAGUAUCUUGAAAUGUCUGAGGAUUUCGACAGAGGAAACCUGAUCCUAAAGAUCGACAUAUUCCUCAACUCCAGUGUUCUACGCAACUGGAAAGAUUCCAUCAUCGUCCUACAGACCUCCAAGUCUCUCCUCCCAUGGUCUGAGAAUUUGAAGAUAGUCAGUAGGUGCAUUGAUUCAAUAGCAUCCAAAACCUCCGUGGAUCCUUCACUGGUCACCUGGUCUUACACAUACGACAGAAGACUGGCGACAUCAGACCAAAUCAUCCGCAGUGGGCUGAAGUUAUCUGAGAGGAUGGAGUCUGUCCCUAGAGAUUGGUGGAUCGAAGAUAUCUGUGAGCUGGACAUUGACAUGUACAAGAGAGUCAUGCUCGCGAUAAAAUCCAAAGGUAGAAUGGACGGAGGCAUGAUUGGGAAGGCGUUGAAGGCUUAUGCCAUGAGAUGGCUGCCAGAUUCUGUCGAUGCAGUGGUGUCUGAAGUUCAUAUCAACAGAAACAAAUCUUUAGUCGAAACUAUAAUCUGCUUGCUUACUUCGGAUAAAGGAAUCAGCUGUGCCUGCAGUUUCUUACUGAAACUACUCAAAGUUGCUAUUCUCAUAGAAGCUGAUGAUUCAUCAAGAGAAGAGCUGAUAAAGAACAUCAGUUCAAAACUAGACGAUGCUUCAGUCAGUGAUCUCUUGAUCCCGGCAAGGCCUCCUCAGUCAACCAUCUACGACAUUGAACUUGUUCAACGCCUUGUGGAUUUGUUUGUGGAGAAUGAGAUGAGUAAGAAGGAUAAGACUAUGACUGAGAAGAAUGGGAGUGAUUUUGUUUUAGGGCAUGGAUCUUGGUUAAAAGUUGGGAAGAUCAUAGACAGUUAUCUUGCAUCAGUUGCUUGUGACGUGAAUCUCACCGUGUCCAGUUUCAUCAAGCUGUCCAAGUCAGUUCCUGAGAUGGCUAGACCGAUUCACAACAGAUUGUACGGUGCCAUUGACAUCUUUCUGAAGGAGCAUAGUGGAAUAAAAAAAUCUGAGAAGAAGAGCUUGUGUGGGCUAAUGGAUGUGAAGAAAUUGACGACGGACGCCACCAUGCAUGCGGCUCAGAACGAGCAGCUACCACUUCGCGUUGUGGUGCAAGUUCUGUUCUUCGAGCAGGCAAGGGCAGCAGCGGCUACUCACGCCUUCAGCAACAGCAACGAGGUGCAAACGGUGCCUACAAACUGCAAAUCCCUGAGCAAUCAGAUGGAUGAGCUGAAAGUGAAAGAAGAGGAAUCAGUGAAAAAUGGAAAGCUUGUCAAGAGAGGUAGCAAGAACAGAGUAUCUGGCGCGCAGCUGCUGCCAUCACGUUCGAGGAGAAUAUUUGAAAGGCUGUGGAUUGCGGGGAAAGGGCUGCCCAACGGAGAUAACAAGAGCCCCGAAACUUCGGGGAGUUCUCAGAGCCCGACUUCUAUGAUCAGAGGAGAAACAAAGUCGUCUGGCUUGUCAAAGAGGCAUCGGAGGCACUCGAUUUCUUGAUGUAAGUGUAAAGUGGAAGUAUGUAGGAAAGAUAAUCUUGUUGGUGUUGCUUUUCAUCUCUUGCACAUCAUUGUAUUUGUAUCAAUCGGUUGAAUUCUUGUAUAUCUAUUUCUCAUUUAGUUCACAAGGAUUUCAUAUGGAAA